AUGUCGCCGUCGGAAGCUCCGAGUAGCUCCCGGCGCUUCUUGCGCCCAAAGCUCCGACAAGCAACAUUUGUUCUCCCACAAACCGGUCAACGUCUGAAAGGCCUGGUGAGCUUGCGGAACACCACACAAACAACCGCGGCCUCCGAUGACGACAAUGACCGCGAGGAACGACGCGGGCUGCUUACCGGCGAGAUCGAGCCACGACGUGGGGGUUUGACAUGGCUAUGGACGCAAUCACGAAACCUUUGGAUGUCGACGCAUCAAUUCCUUGUAUCAGAGCCGGGUAUUGGGAUCUUGAAGUGCGGGUUGGCAUAUCUUCUAGGCUCGCUUGCGACUUUUAUUCCUGCCAUCUCCACUUUCCUUGGGCAUCAAGAUGGAAAGCACAUGGUGGCUACGGUCACCGUGUAUUUCCACCCCGCGAGAUCCCAGGGAAGUAUGUUUCGCGCCUUGAUCUGCGCGCUACUCGCAUUCUGUUAUUCUUCCUUCCUUUCCAUCACGAGUAUGCUGCUUGAGAACUUGUUCCAGGAUACUCUGAACAUGUCUAUAGCUGGCCACGCCUUAGUACUCAUUGUAUUUUGCGGUGGUGGACUGGGUUUUGUGGGCUGGACCAAGCAGCGACUCGGUGAUCCCCUUGUCAACGUCGCCUGUUCGCUCACGGCGCUUUCAACGAUUACUAUCUUGACCAAAGAAGGUUCUGUUCAGAGCGGCGACCUCUCUUUGAGCAAGAUUUUUCAGGUCUUGAAGAUGGUCAUCAUGGGUGUGUUGAUCGCUUUGCUCGUGUCCUUUUCGAUCUUCCCCAUUUCCGCGCGGAAGAAACUGCGUGCAAACUUGGUCACGACCACAGAUACAUUGGCUAUUAUGCUAGCCAUUAUAACAGAGAGCUUCCUGAGCGGGUCUGAGGAGGAACUCUUAUCAUCGGAAUUCAUUGAAGCUGAGACCAAACACCGAAUGGCAUACAGCCAACUUGACAAGCUGGUCAAAGAGGCCAAGCUGGAGCAUUACGCCGCCGGCUCUGAACGAGAGUAUCGUUUGGAGAAGAAACUUGUUCGCUGGGUGCAGGACAUCACGCACAAUAUGGGAGGCCUACGCAGUGCGGCCUCUUUACAGUUCAGUCUUAUUCGAGAAACAAUUGCUCGCGAGUCUGGCUCCUCGGAUGGGGCAGAGACUAAUCAAAUCGAAUAUUUUGCAAGUCUCGAGCGUUCCUGGUCGUAUCAUGAUGGAUCCUUUUUGGAACCAAUCGAUGAACGGCCCGAGGAAGGCCUGUCUCCAGAAGGCAGUUCCACUCGAGUGCCGGAUGGCGAUCCAGACCCAACCGAUAACACAUCUGUCCUUCCCGCUGACGUCUUCACGAUAUUUAUCUCUCAUCUGGGUCCGUCUAUGCGGUCCUUGGCCUUUACGUUGAAGGAGAUAUUCAGAGAGAUCCCAUUUGGUCCUGCUCCAGAUUACAAGGUAUCAAUUGACGGUCGACUGAGAACGAGCCUUGAUCGUGCUCUUGAGCUUUACCGUGAGUCGCGGGCAAAGACCCUCAAGUCUCUUUACCAGCAGACCGAAGCAAUGAAAUUUAAGGACCAGGAAGCCGAAGCAGAUCUUGAAGAGGUUUCUGCUAGCUGUGGCCAUUUCAGUUUUUCGCUCAUGGAGGUUGGAGAGCAGCUUCACGAGCUACUGUGCAUUCUCGAUGAGCUGCAGCUCGAGACCGAGGAACGACCUGGCGGUCGAUCCUACACUUGGUUGAAAUUCUGGCAAAAUAACAAAAAAGAAGUUGUUCAAUCUGAUUCUCUCUUUGUCGCCUCUGCGAACGGCCGGCAACGACGUUCGUCAGGCCCAUUCAGCUUCGACGACAGGGUAUCCGCUGCUGUUCGGGGUCGUCUGCACCUAACGUCAGAUGCUAGCGUAAAACAAAGACUCGGCUAUCGACUUUGGAAAUCUCUAAAGGUUUUCCGCCGGGACGACACCAGGUACGCGAUCAAGGUUGGAGCAGGAGCUGCGCUGUACGCCCUGCCUGCUUUUCUGCCUUCCACUCGCCCUUUUUAUCAGCAUUGGAGAGGUGAAUGGGGACUGCUGUCGUACAUGCUGGUCUGCUCAAUGACGAUUGGGGCUUCAAAUACUACGGGCUAUGCUCGGUUUCUCGGUACGUGUCUCGGGGCCCUUUGUGCAAUUUCAGCCUGGUAUGUCACCCGCGGGAAUGUCUUCGGCCUUGCGUUCUUGGGUUGGUUGAUGGCUACCUGGACAGCAUGGAUUACCAUUGUCAAGGGCAAUGGGCCCAUGGGCCGUUUUAUCAUGCUCACGUACAACCUGUCCGUACUUUAUGCCUACUCACUCGCUCAAAAGGAAGCGGAUGGUGACCUGGAUGAAGGUGGUCAGGAUCCGAUAAUCUCGGAAAUCGCACUUCAUAGAGUCGUUGCGGUGCUCUCGGGCUGUGUCUGGGGUAUCAUUAUCACACGCCUGAUCUGGCCCAUCAGCGCACGAGAAAGACUCAAGGAUGGCCUGAGUAUCCUCUGGCUUCGAAUGGGCCUCGUGUGGAAGCGUGAUCCGUUGUCUUCCAUGGCAAAGACCGGCCGAUCCGUCGUGUGCAUGAGUGCUCGAGAGAAGCUCGAACUCGAGCGGUAUCUCACCCGUCUGGAGUCGCUUCUGGCCGCUGCAAGCUCCGAGUUCGAAUUGCGGAUGGCAUUUCCGAAGGAUGCGUAUGCUACCAUCAUUCAGCGCACGCGAGACAUGGUGAAUGCGUUCCAUGCGAUGAAUCUGGAGCUCAUGAAGAGCGAAACCGCCACCGAGGGUGAAAUUGCCCUCCUUCGUUACACUGCUGCAGAACGAGGACAGCUUUCUGCUCGUAUCAGCCAUCUGCUGACCGUAAUGGCGUCGUCCAUGAAACUUGAAUAUCCAUUGAGCGAUGUGCUCCCCAGCAUAGAUCACGCUCGCGACAGACUUUUAGCUCGCAUUUAUCGCUACCGCCAAGAUCAUGAGGCAUCGCUUUUAACGACGGACGAAGACAGCGCGCUACUGUAUGCAUAUAUCUUGGUGACUGGCCAGUUGUCGAAGGAGAUCAACGAAAUGAUCGCAGAAAUUGGGCAGUUAUUCGGAGUCCUCAUUCCUCUCAUCUGCCGCCCUUCGGCCACGCCUCGCGCUCCUAGUCCAGCCAUGCAGAUCGAUCCGGCCGCCCUGAGUCGGACUGACUCGGCCUCAAAUCCGGCGAAGGGUGCGGCGCCUAAUGCCUCGGCGACACAAAAGUCUUCCAGAGCUCUGAUCUCGGUUCCGCGACUCGAUCUGGAGCAUGCCUAUACCGAUUUGAAGGCCGCCAUCGGAGACAAGUGGGCUGAGUACAAGGAGGCUACAGCCUUUUUCUUACUAGGACACUACAAUCAGAACGAGUACGCGUCGCGAGUCGACCACGUAAUAUGCGCCGAUCCUAAAACCGAACAUCUCCAUAAUAACUUUGUCUGUGCGAUUAUUGGAAAUCUCACUCGCGACCUUCCCGAUCAUGGCGUCGCAACCUGGGUCUCGGCGAACGACAAGCCUUCGACGGUGUCGAAGCCGAUUUCGGGCGAUGCUGCGGAGCAGAGACUGAAAACGGAGGUGAUGCAGCUGCCUCCGAGGGACCGUAGACGAAUCAAGGGGAUCCCAGAGCGCGAUCCCAACGACGCGGCAUCCACCGAACUGGAGGAAUACCACCUUGCUAAACAGAUCAAGCUUCCAAGCCAGGUCCCCGCGAGUGCAGGUGGAUUAAAUAAGACCAACUGGGAAUUGGAAAUUCGAAAACGAUAUGCGCAGCCCCUCGCUGCAGAGACGGGCGAGUUCCCUGAUGCCGAGUCUAUUCAUGCUCGCAUGGUGCCUAUGUGUUACGAAGAAUCUUUACCUAGUGGCGCCGGUCUGCCGUGCGCCGAGUUUAUGGCAAUUGCAACGGAAACAUUUGUGAAGGAGGUAUUGUCCUCAGUGUUCUCUCGCACCAGAUCCAAUGGUCCGUCAGGCACGAUCAAUGGAAUGAUGAUGCGGAAAUACCGAGAACAACUUGAACGAGAAGAGCUUGCAUACACCCGUGGUGAGAUUGCAAAGGAUACCGCAACUGGUUUGCUCCCUGUCGAGGCCAGAGAGGCCAGAAUUCGAAGACCACUUGGAGUCAGGGAUCUACGACUCACCCUGGAGCUCAGUGGCAGUGUCCUUGGUCAUAUGCCCUUGAUCAUAGAUCAAAUCGCGGGUGGAUACUUUGAAGAUGAACUUGAAACGGAAAAGCAAGAUCGCCUGGAGAACAGCGUUGGCGAACCGCGUGAAAUCAAGACCGCUGAAGAUGAAAUGGACCUGGACGAGAUCGAUGAUUCUCUAUCAGAUUGGGAAGGAGGCGGGGCUGCUGAUCGUGAACAGUUAGGUUCUCUACUCGAUGAGUGCCUGUCGAUGGCUGCGUGA